AUGGUAAAACCAAAACAUCAGGAGAGAGGAGAAGAUGGCGGAGUGACGCAGCGAGAAGAGAACGCAGCCUGGCAUAACGCUGAAUAUAACUGCACCUUUCCUGCUAUGAUUGAGGAUUGGAGGGAAACUUUUCAUCAAGGGUCUGAAGGUUCUACAGAAAUCAAUUUUCCUUUUGGGUUUGUCCAGCUUUCUACCUAUCACCAUAAAGUCCCAGACGAUUCCUUCCCUUGGAUUCGCUGGCAUCAAACGGCUGAUUUUGGUUAUGCUCCAAAUCCUAAAAUGAAAAGGACAUUCAUGGCAGUUGCAAUGGACCUGGGGGACGAGAAAUCUCCUUAUGGCACCAUUCAUCCGCGGUAUAAACAAGAAGUAGCCUACAGAUUAUACCUUGGUGCUCUUGCCAUAGCUUACGGAGAGACUGAAGUUGUUUUCCAAGGUCCUUUUCCAAAGCACUUCCAGCAAAAGAACUCCACAGAAUUGAGUAUCACCUAUUCGCAGGAACUUGCUGUACUGGAGCUCAGUAAAGAUGUGUUUGAGGUUCGAUGCUGUUCAAAGUGGUAUAAUUCGAACUGUAAGUGGGUUUCGGCCCCCAUGGUUAACAGUUCUGUCAACUUAGUGUUUUUGUCACUGGAAGAGUGCCAGCAGAAAGUGAACGGAAUUCGUUAUGCAUGGAGGGAAUGGCCCUGUAAUCUGAAGAAAUGUCCUCUAUACAGCAGAAGUUCUAAGUUGCCUGCCCCAACAUUCAUCAUACCCAAAAAUGAUCAUUUAUAAAAAAAAUCAUCAGAUGGAAUCAAAAGAUUCAAGUAACAAAGUGAGCUGGUUAGGUUAU